ACUGCACCUUGUCUUUAAAAGUCAAAUACUAAUCAUAUAGGUACUCUUUGUAAUCAAGUUUAAUCAAACAACUAAUAUUUUUUUCAUAAAUUAUAGUAGUUAUCAUGACUAGCAGUGCUAAUAAAACAUUGUCCAGUAUUGCAAAGUAUAGACUAUCACGGAGAGGAAAAAAACUACAGUUGUCUGAUGAUCAACGAACUUUGAUCGCAUUGCCAAAAGAUGUGCCUGAGCGAACUUGGGCAGAAAUUCUUCAGAAAGAAGAAAAUGACCUCAUAAUCUACGACAUACGUGAGGAAAUUUUAGAAGAGGCGAUGAAGAUAUGUUAUAAGAAGUACAUGGAGAAGCAAAAUGUUUUAUUCACAGCUUACUGUGCUUCGGAGGCUUGGUUAAAACUAGUUAACUGGUACUUCUUUCCUCACGACCCCGGUGAAGAUCCAAGCGCUUAUCCACCUUGUUACAUACCUAAACGCAAUGAGUCCUGGAUACCAGAUGAGCUUCCAGAUCCAUCGCCCAAAGAUACUUGGUGCAAGCAAGAGCUGGUCGUCCAGGAAGAGAUACAGGAUGAGGUCUUAAGGAAGUGGCCAAGUUCAUCAUCUAUAGAUAUAUCGAUUGUUGAAGAUAUACCUAAGAAAUACUGGUUUCCCGGUAAAGUACAUCUGCCAAAUGAAUUAGCAGAUGUCUCUGAGGAUACUUCAAAAACGAUCUCCUAUGAUACGGAGUCAUCAAGCUCUGCUGGCAAUAUCGGAACUGAGAGCGAAGUGCUAGAAAACGUUACAGAUUAUAACGUCGCAGAAGAUUCACCUAAGGAAUCUCUGUUGGGUGAUCUGAAAACCACUACACCGGUAAACGGAUCACUCCAAGGAGCCGGGGAUUCAACCGUUGAUAAAUUGAAGCCGAAACGAAAACUUACAGACAAGAGCAAGUUGUUCAGUAAAGCGAGUUUGGGGAGAUCAAAGGCGACUCUUCCGCCACUAGACGCAGACUCUCGGUCCAGAAUCAGUAUCAUCUCCGAUUGUCGUCUCAGGAAUUUGAGAUUGGAAACACAAUGUGAGAUAACAUCGGAAAAGAUCGAGACACCGCCCGGUGAGAUGAUCAAACGGAAAUAAAACAAUUGUUGUUAUUGUUGUUAAAUGUAACUAAUGUAGUCGUUGUUGUUUUAUGUAACGUAUUUGUAGUCAUUGUUGUUACAGGCAACGAGGAGUUGCUCUCAAUACAAAAUAAAUAAAAAUUAUAUUUUAAA